AUCGAGUGCCAACACAACAAUUUCUGUAUAUCCGCUAUCAACAAACGACGUUGACGUUUCACCGCGUAGCAAGUGAAAGUGUCACGUCGAUUGAAAUUCUGUCAGAAAUAUUUUUAUUCUCACAUAUAAUUUGUGUACUACACUGAAUACGAAUUUAGGUUAUCGCCGGGAAAAAUGGGUGUUAAACCUGCAAUUGGAAGAAAAUCUAACAAGAACCCACCUAUUUUCAGUCAUGAAUUUAUAAUUCAGAACCAUGCUGAUAUUGUAUCAUGUGUUGUUAUGGUUUUCUUGGUCGGUCUGAUGGUCCAGGCGACAAGUCCCACGGCGAGUUUGUUUAUUAGCCUUCAUCACAAUGUUAGUGGAGUAGAACCAACCAGAGAAACACCCAAAGGCGAACCUUUCUUAUACGAAGCCGGCUGGAAAGAUGCCUGUGCGGUAUUUUUCUACUCACUUGUCUGCAUUGUAAUGCAUGCCAUCCUUCAGGAAUAUUUCUUAGAUAAAAUAUCCAAGAAAUUCCAUCUUUCCAAAUCGAGAUUGAGUGCACUGAAUGAAUCUGGCCAGCUGGUGUUUUUCCAAUUAGUGACUUUUGUUUGGGGUGGUGAUGCUAUCCUCCGUGAAGGUUUCAUCUUCAACAUCUCGCAGCUUUGGGAUGGGUACCCCAGCCACCCAAUGACCUUCCUGCUCAAGUUAUGGUGGAUUGUCCAAGCAGCUUACUGGCUCCACACUAUCCCUGAGUUAUACUUCCAACGUAUCAAGAAAGACGAAUGGGCCGCCCGUAUCAGACACGCUUCCGGUGCUUUCGCUUUUGUAGCCCUGGCUUAUGGUUUCAACUUCCAAAGAGUUGGUGUGUGCUUGAUUGUCCUUCAUGCUUUGGCUGAGUUUGUGGCACACAGCUACCGUCUGAACAUUAUUCUCAGGGGUGAACGUGAGGACUUCUUAGACAAGUUCCUGAGCGUGGUGAAUGGCGCGGUGUUCGUGGUGGUGCGACUGUGCUCACUGGUGUUGGGUGUGCUGACGUUCUACUUCGGUCUGGCGGGCGCCGCACCACUACUGCUCCGUGUGGCCGCGCUCUCGUUGCUCGUCUCUUUCCAGGUUUACCUGAUGUUCAAUUUCAUCUCUGAAGCCAUUAAACAGAGGCAAGAGGCUCGUCAACUAGCACUCAACAAGCCGGCCAAGAAGGAGAAGAAGGAACGACCAAAAAAGGAAAAAGUAAAGAAAGCGCCGGUGGAGGAGUCGGACCUGCCCGAGGUGGACCAGAACACGAACAAGACGCUGCGACAGCGGCAGUCCGCCGCCGUCAAGGCCAAGUGAACACGCUCUACUAACACAUGACAUUACCAAUUAAGUUGUCAUCCCGUCGUAACUGAGUCUUUCCAAUACUGUAAUUUAGUUAUUCCAUUUAAUGUUCAUUUUAAUUUUCACUGAUUGUUGAAGCACAAAUAAAUAACGUCUGACGAAAUAAUUGAUAUUUACAACCGGUACCGAUAGAAAUUGCACCAAGUACGAACGUGACAACACUCGUAGUUUUAUUUGAGAUGACCGCGUUUAUUGCAGAACAGAUUGUGGAACUUAAAUAUUGUCAUUAACGUAUAGUGGAUACAGGGUUGUAAAAAUAUCUCCUAAAGGAUAAGAAAAUGAAAGUUUAGGUUAAAUGUUGUUUAUAUGAAUAUAUUAAUAAGAUGAAGUGUGUGCUGUGUGGUCAUACACAUUAAAUGAUGAAAAAUUCCAAUUUUUAUUUUGCAUUUCAAUUUUAAAUGUUUUUUUUUACAAUGGAUUUAUUUAAUUGCAGAUUACUCAUUACGUUAUUUUUUUAUAUAUGCUAUUCUUUUACUUCUUUACUUAUUUCUGUAAAUAAAUAUUGAUUUUACUUGCUGUACGAAAAAUAACUGUCUUCUGAGAGCCUUGAGAAAAGAUUUGUCGUUGUGUCUGCAUUAUCCCGUGUAAUCUAAAGACCGAGUUGCAAUAUGAGAUUGAUUUCAUGAAUAUGAUGUGAACUAAUGGAAUUAUUAAUCCUAAUGUGGAAAAUGUGCUCAUAAAUUAUUUACAUAACUUUCUUAAGAAUUGUCAAUUUAAAAGGCUUGAUGUUAUUUUUAUUUCAAAUAAAUUUUUAUAAAAAA